UUUUGAGAAAGUUAGUUAUUGUGGCCGAAGUUAGUUUACGUGGUGGGAACUCUUCCUAAUUUUCGAGGAACAAAAUGCCUAAAAAAGGAAAGAAAGCAAAAGGAGCAAAAGGAGCAAAAGGAGGAAAAGGGAAGAAGGGAGGGAAGAAAGGUAAAAAAGAAGGAAAGAAGGCCAAGAAGGAAUCAGUUCUAAAAGAUGCUAUGGCUAAUGCCAAGCUGUGGGAAACUAAAUUGGAAGCUGUGGAAAAAUCUCGACAAGAAUACAGAGAAAAUGCCAAGCAUUUGUUGUAUGAGAAUGAUAUCUUACAAAUGCAAAUGGCCAGCACUGAAAAGGACACGUUAGAUGUCAUAUCUUACUUGAAACAAGAAGAUAGCAAGAAAGAUGAUCAGGUUUCCAAGCUUCAACAGGCCCUAAAGGAAGUGAAGAGGGAGGCACGGAAAGAACGGCAAGCUCUUGUCGAUGAGUAUUCACAGCAGAUUCACCAACUGCAGGAAUCUUUGGCAGAGAAGACCAAUGAGGUUAAACUGAUGCAGUCUGAGCUAAAACUUGUGAAGGAAUUCAGACGGAAGAGAGCCCAAAUGCAGCGGGAGCUAGAUGAGAUUAAGGAGAGCAUGUCUGCCACAGAAAGACACCACAAGGACACAUUGCAGCAAAUGGAACACAAGUUUUUUGAAGAAAAGGUUCGAUUACAGCAAGAAGCAAGUAAAAAGAUUGCAGAACUUGCAGAGAGAGCUCAUUCAGAGGCCAUCAGCAAUCUUGACGAAACAACACGAUCCGUGUACAAAGAGAAUGUACGGUUAAAUGCUGCCCUAGAUUUUCACAUAAGGGAAGGACAAGAACUAAAGAAGGAAAAACAAGCCUUGAGUACAAAGACUAGCAGUCUUUUAUCUGAGAAGGAGCUAAAUGGUAUGAUCGUGCAAGAGAAAGUUGUUGAAAGCAAGCAGCAGAAAAAGGAAAUUGAAGAGCUUCAAGAAAAAGUGAAGACAUUGGAAAAAUCUCUCAGUCACGUGGUGCGUGAAUUCGAGGCAGAACGAGCGUCUUUGGUGCAGAAAUCAGAGUAUGAAACAAGAAGUUGUAGAGCUGAAAUUUCGAGGCUACAAAGAAUAGUGGAGCUUAAAACAAAGGAGAUGAAUCGUGUCAAAAGAUUGGCGAAAACUAUUUUAGAUCAGAGAACGGAAGUCGAACAGUUUUUCUUGGACUCUCUGGAGUACGUCAAAAAUGAAAUCAUCCGAAACAGAAUUCAAUAUCGAAAAGACGCACAAAAUGCCUAUCAACAGCGCAUGCUCGAGGCUCACGCUGGCCACAGUGAUUUCCCGCGCGUCAGGACCUUCCGCCAAAUGGACAGCAGCACAAACAAUGUGUUUGACGACCUGAAAGAGGCCGAACGGUGGACUGGGGUCCAAGGAAAAGUUGACAUGUCUGAGCUAACCUGGGAACAGCGCGAGCGGAUUCUAAGGAUGUUGUUUGCAAAAAUGAAUGGUUUCAAAGAAAAGAGAAGACUUAAGGCACCAGCUCUUGAACCAACGCCUCCGGAUUCCCAUUCAAAGGCUCUACCAUCCGAGCGGACACAGGAAGCACUGGGAGAUAGCACAUUCCUCACGCAGCAAGAUGUGGGUGGCCCAUCACUCACUGCGGCCCUUCCACUCCCACCCGUUACUGGCACCCAAACCUCGACCGCGGGUACUGUUAGUUAAAACAACGAACUUCAAACAAACAGAAUGAGGUUACAUCUCCUUACGAAAAAAAAAAGGAAUUUGUUGAAUAGCUUGUAUAUAGACAUAGCUGUGUCACUAUACGGAGACUAAAAUGGUGUAAAUAAAAACAAUUUUUCAGAA